GUCGCGAGUCUGCCGGCUAUUAUGUUUUAUUCACACAACAAAAACAUUUGAAAAAUGUAUAUAAUUUUGUAUCAAACGGUUUGUUUAAAUACGUUUAGUAUCUAAAUCGUGAUAUUGGUGUAACGAAACUUAACAAUGCGUUACCGAAUCUUCUAAACCAUUUAUUUGUAUGUUGGACAACAUAUAACAUAACCUUAAAAAACAAUUUAAAUGUACUCAUGUACAUACUGGAGUAUUCGUGGCAAGGAAGUAUUCCAAAAUGGCACAACGAUUGAGCAAUAAAGCAAAAUUAAAGUCGCUUUUACAAGUGACUACUACUGCUACUACCUUAUACGCUGGGUAUUGCAUUUAUCAGGGUAAUGAAAAGUUCUAUAAUAAGUUUGUUAUUCCUGUUGCACAAUUUGUGGAUCCAGAGCUAGCCCAUAAUAUUGCUGUAAAGAUUUUAAAAUGGGGUCUAUUGUCUGGACAAAGAACGGAAGAUCCAGGCUCCCUCGCGAUCAAUGUUUGGAAUCUGGAUUUUAAACAUCCGAUAGGUAUGGCAGCUGGUUUUGAUAAACAAGGGGAAGCCGUGGCAAGCUUGCAUAAAAUAGGAUUCAGCUUUGUGGAGAUAGGAUCAAUUACUCCAAAACCACAACCUGGUAAUCCUAAACCAAGGGUAUUUCGACUACUGGAAGAUAAUGCAGUUGUUAAUCGUUAUGGUUUCAACAGUGAAGGACAUGAUUCGGUAUUGGAACGUCUGCGAACACUCAAGGAUGACAAAACGUUUAAAGGGAUUGUUGGGAUCAAUUUGGGCAAAAAUAAAACGUCCGAAGAUGCUGUACAAGAUUAUGCAGAUGGGAUUAAGAAGUUCUCGAAUGUGGCUGAUUAUUUUGUAAUUAAUGUAUCUAGUCCUAACACUCCUGGAUUAAGAUCUCUACAAAGCAAACAGGAUCUGGAACAUUUGCUCACAAAAGUAAACGAAGUUAGACAAUCGAUACACAGUACUCAACCAUUACUGCUUAAACUUGCUCCAGAUUUAUCUGAUUCCGAAAGGGCAGAUAUCGCGAGCGUAAUAUUAAAAAAGAAGUCGAAAGUAGACGGUCUAAUAUUAUGCAAUACAACGAUAACGCGAGAGAAUUUAGUAAGUCCUCUUAAAGAAGAAAGUGGUGGGCUGAGUGGAGCUCCCCUUGCUAACAUGUCAACAGCCAUGAUUUCUGACAUGUACAAACGAACGCGAGGCACGAUUCCAAUCAUCGGAGUCGGUGGAAUCUUCAGCGGAGAAGACGCUUACAACAAAAUCAAAGCUGGCGCUUCCUUGGUGCAAGUUUAUACGUCCUUCACGUAUCUUGGACCACCGAUAAUAGGAAAAAUUAAACGAGAAUUAGAUGACAUGCUCAAACGAGAUGGCCUAACAUCCAUCAGAGAUGCGAUCGGGAAAGAUACCGGCAUCAAAUGAACUAUUUAAACGAUUCAACAAUUUUUACUGUUAAACAGUGAUGUAAUGUACAAAUUAAAUUGUUAUACUCUGUUUUUAUUAUGAAAUAUUACGUCGUUGGAAGAUUGUUAUGUAUAGAUGAAAUGCAUAGUAUCGAUAAUAAAAUAAUUCGAUAUUCAUUA